CUCACCGAGUUCGCCACCCUUUUCUUUUCUGGACUCUCUUAUCUUCCCCUCUGACGCUGAAAAUGGAUUCGACAAAUGAGACACUAACUCUACAGAAGAAGCUUGAUGCGGAAAUCGACUCAUUCUUCGACUCCGCUCCUCCUCUAAAGGAUUCCGCCAAUGUUUGGAAAAGAUUGACGGAAUUCGUUCUACUUAAUUCAUCUCCGCCAGGAGAGGAUAGAGGUAGGCGGAUCGUGUGUGUAACAUCAGGCGGCACGACUGUUCCUUUGGAGCAGCGUUGUGUUCGGUAUAUUGAUAACUUUAGUUCAGGCCACAGAGGAGCUGCAUCCACCGAUUGCUUUGUUAAGGCUGGAUAUGCAGUCAUCUUUUUAUAUCGGAGUGGAACCUGCCAGCCAUAUUGCAGUUCUCUGCCGGAUGAUGCACUUCUUGAAUGUUUUGAAAUCUCUAAUGAGUCAAAAAUUCAAGUCUCCCAACCUUAUUCUGAAGCAGUGAAGAGAGCCAUUAGUGAUCAUCAAGCUGCAGUAGCAGGUGGUCUCUUGUUAAAACUUCCAUUCACAACAAUAUUUGAGUACCUUCAGUUGUUAAAGAUGAUUUCACAAUCAUUGAAAGAUCUUGGGCCUUAUGCCGUGUUUUAUCUUGCUGCUGCAGUUUCUGACUUCUAUGUUCCAUGGAACAGUAUGGCUGUGCACAAGAUCCAGUCAGCAUCUGGCCCUCUGGAUUUGCAACUCAAUCAAGUUCCAAAGAUGCUCUAUGUGCUGAGGACAGAAUGGGCUCCAUUGGCCUUCUGCAUAUCUUUCAAGCUUGAGACGGAUUCAAAGAUUCUUUUAGAGAAGGCUGAUAUGGCUCUCAAAAAGUAUAAAAUGCAUGCCGUGGUAGCUAAUGAGCUUUUGACUCGCAAAGAGGAGGUUACAGUUGUCAUGACUGAUGAAAAGAUUACGGUUCAUCGAGACAAACAUCAGCCAGGUGCUGAUGUAGAAACUCCCUUGAUAGAACUCCUUAUAGACAGACACUCGGCUUACAUCUUACAUCAAGAAUUCUGAUGGAUGAUACUUUCAGCCAGACACUUGCGGAUAACAGGUGAUAUACAAGAAAAAAACAAGAUACAAACUUCAAUAAAGACUUGAAUAUUCUGAGGUUCUCCAUUAAGAAAUUAAUGGAGAAGACCGUCAUCUAUAUACAGGUUUUUUUCCCCCCUUUCUGUAAUACACAAUAUCAUUUGAAUUCAUAUAAUCGUGGAGGGGUGGAGAAAUGGUGUAGUAAAAAUUAUGGAAAAACUAUGAUUUCAUGGGCUAUUUUGCA